GUGACUCCGAGUCGUACGCCGCAGCAACCAAGCCGCAGCUUUCUCUCGACCUUCUAUGCCUUGCGAUCCGUAUUUGGAAACAGUCGCGUGCCUUCUUUUGUUGCAGAUUCCGAAUAUGGGACAUCCGCAUAAUCAUUGUAUUGGUUUCCAAAGUCUUUCUAGAUUGGGAAUGUGGCAGCAUGGAGCGUGGGAUUGAAGGCCAUUUGUGGCCAUGGUCGUGGCCAUUACCCUAUCGAGCAGAGUCCCUUCACAACCGUGGCCAUGCGUCGAGAUGCAUUUAAAGAGCCGGGCCUCCGACUCGAUGUCUAGUAAGUACGCUCUCCCCGCUCUUAACCAGCCAUGCCGCCCUCGACCACUCGCGAUGCGACCAUGCAGUCCCAUAUGCGCAAGAUGAGACGUAUUCUUGCACAGAUCGAUCAACACGGGCCAGAGCACGGGUUAUAUGAAGCGGUCAACGAGAUUUUACUGCAAGUUGCUCGAAUGAUAGAGUCGCCUGACUACGACGUCUCGGUCCAUCCCCAGGCUCUGUUGCUCAUAAAGCCCGAGACCGAAGGGGAAUCGAAUGACUCAGCCUCCGAUACGAGCUCAAUCUCGUACGCGAGCUCAACGUCGGAAAAGAGCGCAGCAUCCGACUCAGACGUUGCGUCUGACGAGGGCUCCGUAUCCGAAACCCAGAGCGGUGACGCGGACGAGUCUGAUGGCAGUGCAUCCGCGGCCAGUAUCAAGACUGUGAAGCCUUCCACCAGCAAUACUCAUGCACAAUCCAGCAACGGCAAGGGAAAGAAACGAUUUCCCGACUUCGUAACUCACCUGUCAUUUCAUCUCGCCCAUCGUCGCAUACUCUUCGUUCAUGAAGUCAAGCGGCUUCCCCAAGGUCUCACGUUCACCCUUGGGCCACGACCGACCCUGCGCAAUAAUCCCGAGGUUUUUUCUGCCUUCACUCAAGAUAUCACGCAAGCGCAGAUACUACAACAAGUCCAGUUCGCGUUUGAGCGCUAUCCACUCGAGAACCAGAUCCGUGCCAUGUGCAUCAUAGGCCUUUUCUUCGAAGUCCUCGUUUUCGAACGCGACCGCACACCCCAGUUUGACGAAUACCGCGAUGGGGAGGCGACCUCAGUCUACACAUCUGUGGUCGGGCCACACCAUAUCUUCAAUGAGCGGUUCACGGGCUACAACUCCGUGUUCAAAGCAGAGUGGAAGAAGGCCGCGGACGUGAAGCUCAAGGCGAUCAACAACCUCACGAAAGGAGAGAGGGGGCCAGUGGCUGCCGAGCCAUUUAUGCAGUAUGACUUCGAUUCCGAGAAUUAGAUCCCUCCUUAUGUUUCGACGAGGAGGAGGAGGAGGAGAUGAUGUCUUUAGCAAUCUGCUCACGUUACGUGUUCUAUGUAUAGCCACAGUAUUCAGGAUAAUCGACUGGACUAGUAGUGUUACAUCCG